UGGGUUUGCCGUUUGGGCUAGCAUGCCGCAGAUGCAUGCUGUGACUUCACUCUCAUGCUUGACCUGGAUAGUGGUCUGCAUGAUGACUUGAUGAGCACAGAACAGCAUCGACUACAUGUAUCUCGUAAAACAUUGCAGUUUGCGACGUCGUCUUUGUCAAUCAGAAGGUCGAUCGUUCGUCGUGGGUGUCCGUGGUUGUAUUGGAUUAAAAAAAAAAGAGCUCUUAUGAGUGCUAUAGAGUCAUUAUUGGCCGGCUCCUUGAAGCUCCAAAGUAAAGGACCCCUGCUUAGCGUUGGACGUCAUCAAUUUAACCUAGCUGUCAGCAAUUUCAAGAACUUUUUUCUAGUGUGACAGAAAUCAGCAGUGAAAGUGUUAGAUGCACUGUUCUUCAUCGUCCACAACGUCUGAGCCAUCUUUCCGAAGUUGUUCUCUAGUACGUGUUGGUCUUUGGAUCAGGCACCAUCACCUGUCAGGUUUCCACCCUGUCCUGGAAGAGUCGUUGCUGCUAGGGGAUGGCAACGCUCGGGGGCAGGACCCACAUUGCCAGUAAUUGUGCCGGUGGUAGUAGUUCGCGUUCUGGAGCCAGGUACAACAUGUUCCCAGAAAUUAAUCCUAUAGUACGUUCGGGCCCCGUGGCUUCAUCCGGAUCGCCGACAAGCGCCUCUAGCACGGAGAUGGAGCCGGAUUCCCGGCGCCUGUCCGUGGCCCGGCCGUUGGAGCGUGCCUUGUCUUCGUACGGCUCGCUGCAGAGCUAUCAGCUUCACCACGACAUUCCGCUGCUGUCUUCGUCGGCAUCGUCGACCCUGAGCGCCGCCGCGGAGUCGGUGGGAGCGGCCAGAACGACGCUGACGUGCACUGCCGACCUAGCGGGUGACUCGCUAUCCGCCUCGCUAGCCUCCGGCUCGAUACCGGGUAUUAACGGAGAGGAGAACGGAUUCGACAGUGUCUGGGAGACCGGGCAGGUGUUCAUGGGCAAUCGCAUCGACAUCGCUGGCGAAGCGGAGGUGUCGAACGGCGCCUUCCAGGACCCCGAGUUGGAUGUCGUGUUAGAGAGUAGCCAGCCGCCGGCGGAUCUCUCCGGCCUGUCCCAAGUCGUGUACAAUAUCGACCACGCUGUGGCGGCGAAUGCCGAGGUGCUGGAGGAUACCGCUAUGCAAUCUGCUACCGCGCCUGGCUGUAUGCAAGACGACUACAUCGAAGAAGAGGAAGAGGAAGACGAGCCGGCUCUCGACGACGACGUUGACAAUCACGGCGAGGACCUGAGCGACGAUGACUUAACCGACGACUUGUCAGACGACGAGGACGACGAUGAUAUGGAUGUUGACGACGUUGACGACGACGAGGAAGACGGCAGUGGCAGGCUUGAACGUGACGACCGCGCCUGUGCGUUACUGUAUAGCAACAGCAGUAGCAGCAGUAGCGUUGGUACUCGUAGUGCCCGAGCCCAAUCUCAGCAGACUGGCGGCUCGCCGCUGCUAGCGUCAUCCGGCCAGGAUGAUGCAGAGCAGGGAGUCGGCCGUGAGGAGAUCGUUGGACCGGGUGCUGGGAAGAAGAAGCGAACGCGGCAGAAGUUCAGUUGCAAGAUCUGCCAGAAGACUUUCUCUCGCCGGCGGCAUCUCAACGUCCACGAGGACAUGCACACGAACACGCGAAGAUAUAGUUGUGAAAAGUGUGGAGCGGCAUUUCGUGAUCCGGCCCACUUGCAUCAUCACCGAGCGGUACAUUCGGAACUUCGGCCGCAUCAGUGCGAUAAAUGCGACAAGGCGUUCAAACACGGCGGACAGUUACACCGACACCAGCAAGUGCACGACAACUCUCCUGGCAAUCGGCAUGUCUGUAAGGAGUGCGGACGGGGCUACACAACGAAACACAACCUCGACCAACACAAGAUGAUACACAAUGGCAAAUCAUUCGACUGCACGGUAUGCAAUAAGCGCUUUGUGCGCAAGCUCCACCUGGAGAACCACAUGCGUACACACACGGGUGAGCGGCCGCACAUCUGCAAACUCUGCAACGCUAGCUUUACGCAGGCAAGUGGCCUGGCACGACACAUGCGUACGCUGCACAAAGACGGGUCGGUGCACACGACGCCACGCAAGCGGCGAACGAACGGCGAGCGUAAGAUUGUUAACUCCACGGUUGCUGCUGUUGCUGGCAGCUCGCUCGGAUUGGCGUCGCACGCAGGACCAACAAUCGCCGUUUCGUCAAUACAACUACCCCCAGUCAUGCCAGUUACGGGCGCUAGUCGUGUUCACGUAUCACCCGUGGCUACCGCUGUAUCAUCGUUGUCACCGUCACCUGCACAAGUUGCGGCAUCGCUAGCCGCUACAGCAGCAGCAGGCCUGCCGCCGACGACACCACAAGCCUUACAACAGGCAACGGCAGCGGGGAAACGGCGGAAACGUCACGACGACGGCUCCAGUAGGAAGUCGUGAAGCGUGUGUUUUGUCUGUCAGUCUCUCUCUCUCCAUGCGUCUUUGUCUCUGAUUAUCGUUCGUCAUCGUGUGGGAAAUUCGUUUGAGAAAUGUUGUCCAGCGGACUCUGUCUUCUUGACCAAGACCCCUCAAUAACAAAUGAUGCCAUUUGCUACUGUUUGCUGGCUGCGAAUGUGUGUGUAGCAUUCUAUCAUCCCCUCCAGUACAGCUCUAUGCACCGUCAUUUUUAGCCGUCUCCCUGUGUAGCGUGUAUGUAGUGUUAUGUAGCGUUUUGUGCUACGUGCACUGUUCUGUAUCCUUGUGUAGCGCUGGUGUAGUGACUGCCAUAUUUUCACCGCUGAUGAUGCCACUGCCACCCCAUGCCAUGCAGUUCAGCACGUCACAUGACCUGCUGCUGAACGAAUACCCCAUCCAGUAGUCCCUAGACAACAAUAAUAGAACCCCAUGCCCAGUAGAAUGACAUCAUCAUCAGUAUCCUCAACACCAGCAUGAUGGCCACAGUAAUGGUCAUGACAUCAUCCCGACAAGAACCAGCAUAGAUUGUCUUGUCUGUUGUUGUUGUGUUUUUUUUUGUACAGCUGUGUGUCCGUGCUGUAGUAGUAUAAUAGACCCCGUGUUUCUCUCAUUGAUUCAGUCUGCUACUCAUCAUCCUGCUGCAGCUCAGCAAUGGCGUGUUUUUCUUCUCAAUUUUAACGGAUCUUGCAUUUUCAAUAUUAAUUACCACUGUCAGAUAAAGUUGAUACCCUGCGUAGCUUGUAGCCUAAUGUAGGUAAGCUGUAA